UUGCGGUUGCAGGAAGAUGGCGGCCGGGCGGGAGACACAGCUGCCUUGGCUGAUGCUGGCGCUGCUGCUGGGCGCCGUGUCUGCUGGGGAUUACAAGGAAAUGUCAACAAGCCUCACAUUUAACGACAUUCUCCCAGAAGAUCCGAAACUGUACGAUAAGAUGCGACCACCGAAGAAGGAUGGAAGCCCAACAGUCGUUUAUUUUCACGUUACAGUCAUGGGUCUGGAUUCCAUUGACGAAAAUGCUAUGACGUAUGCGGCGGACAUAUUUUUUGCUCAGACAUGGAAAGAUUUCCGCUUACGCUUACCAGAGAACAUGACAUCAGAAUACAGGUUACUGGAAGUUGACUGGCUGAAAAACAUGUGGAGGCCAGACUCUUUCUUCAAAAACGCAAAAGCUGUUACGUUCCAGACAAUGACUAUUCCUAAUCACUAUAUGUGGUUGUAUAAAGACAAAACUAUUCUCUACAUGGUAAAGUUAACGUUAACAUUGUCCUGUGCAAUGAAUUUUAUGAUUUACCCGCACGACACUCAAGAAUGUAAGCUGCAAAUGGAAAGUUUAUCCCAUACUACAGAUGACAUGAUAUUCCAGUGGGACCCUGACGUUCCUUUGGUAGUUGAUGAGAACAUAGAGCUUCCCCAGCUGCAGCUAGUAAAAAAUUCCACUGCAGACUGUACUCAAGUUUACUCCACAGGUAACUUCACCUGUCUGGAGGUUGUAUUCGUGCUCAAACGUCGCCUGGGAUACUACCUAUUCCACACGUAUAUCCCAACCUGCCUGAUUGUCAUUAUGUCUUGGGUGUCGUUCUGGAUCAAGCCCGAGGCUGCACCAGCCAGAGUGACGCUGGGAGUGACGUCACUGCUGACGCUGUCGACGCAGCACGCCAAGUCGCAGGCGGCGCUGCCUCCUGUGUCCUACCUCAAGGCAGUCGACGCCUUCAUGUCAGCGUGCACCGUGUUCGUGUUCAUGGCGCUGAUGGAGUACUGCCUCGUCAAUAUAGUACUCGGUGACUCGGACGGUCCGAAGGCUCAAGCAGAAGCUGCCAAGGCAGAGAAAAUUUUUGACUUGGCAGCGAAGGUGUCCAGACCGGAGCGGGGCUGCGAGUCGCCUGCCCAAGUUUCAGGUCUAGAGCUCUCAGUUCGCCCUACGUCUUCGCGUCAGCACGUCAGAAGUUCAAAUGAGAAUGCCCGGCUUUUGACUGGGCAACCACCUGCACCUCCAAGACCAUCUCCAGCUCAAAGGAACAGGAUUAGAGCCAUCAACAUUGAUCGAUUCUCACGAGUAUUUUUCCCUCUGCUGUUUGCAAUUUUAAAUUGCACUUACUGGGUUAUGUUUGCUGAGUUCUUGUAAUUGUCUAUCGAUUUUCAGUUUAAAAUAUGAUUUGUUAAAGCAAGUCUCUAAAAAAUGGAAAGAGCUAAUGUGCAUAUCAUGUAGUGUCAGAAAUUUUUUAGAAGCUUCUAUUUAUACAUGGAAGUAACUUUCUGCUCUGGCACUGCAAAUAGUAAUUUUUCUUCAAUUUCCGUCUGGUUAAUGUGAGUAAAUGUAAUUGCAAGACAUCAGAUGAAUAAUUAAUGAAUGUAUAAUCUGAGGUUAGUUCAAUCACAAGAACUGCAAUGCAGUGGUACAACCAAAUAUGCUUUUUGUAAAUCCUGUACUAACCAUACAGAUUGCAAGAAUUUUCUGUCGCAACUAACUUUUGCUAAUACUGGUGCUAUGUGACAGAUAUCUUCAUAACAUAAAUCAGAACUCAUAAAAAAAUGCACAACUAGCUAUAUGUGAAUGUUAGUACAGAUUACUAGAAUGCACCUGAUGGAAUGAAACUGUAUUUGAGAUACAAAAACUUCUAUAAAUAAAAUGUUAAAAUAUAGUUGGAAUGUAAGUGUUCUCUGGUACAAUAGUUAUAAUGACCAUUUUAGUGGCUAAGUGGACCUAAAUGUCAUAAUUUAAAGAAAAUAUGGGAUGUUUAAUACUAAGUUCCUAAGAAGCUACAUGAAAAAGAGUUCAUAAAUUUAUUGUAUAGUAGCAGUCUGUACAAUGUCACAUGCCACAGGUGUUAUAGGCCCUAUAGGUAACUGUUUGCAACUUACAAUUGCAAUUAAUGUCACAAAAUCAUUCCAAAAUUUUGUUGUUUGGUGUGUCUUCUUGUUUAUGUAUGUUUAAAAAUAUUUAUGCUGCGCAAGGAGCAUUUUUAAUAUAA